CCCCUCUUCCUUUGUCUGCCUUGCUCAUUAGCUUUCUGCUUGGGAGGGCAUACUCUGUUGAACUUCUGCUUAUGAGAUGGAAGAGGCAUGCAUUUCUGGCAGCUAGUUGCAUCUUGAUCGUGAGGGCAGUCUCGUCCAAUUAACUAUCUUCAUACACAUGCAGGACAUACCUGACCUGGAUGGAGACAGGGACUUCGGAAUCCAAUCUUUCACUAUCAUGUUGGGACAAAAAAAUGUGUGCUAGCUGCGACCGCGAUGUUUGGGUACUGUCCUGCUUCAGACCCAUCGAGGUGGCGCUUCUCAGCCCCUUGAAUCAUUCUUCCUGCCGUCGUCUUCUUUUGCUUCUUUCCUCGAUAAAUCCCCUCCCCUGUCUCUCUGCCCUGCUUUUUUCUACUGUGUUUUCUUGUUUUAUGCAGGUUUGGGUUGCAGAAUAUGGGUUCAUUGGAAUCGACGAGCUCCGAGAAGAGCAUGGUCUUAUUGUAGGUUCCUUAACCACUUUGAGGUUUCAUAGUUACAAAGUAAUAGACUUUCAGUUUUAUGUGUGAUCUCCUCUCUUUAUGACCAGAAUGUUGAGCUGGUUGUUGUUAGAAAAUAGGUUACAUCAGUUAUAUCAUGAUGUUUGAACAGUGACCGGAAUAUAUAUUUGUAAUGAAAGUGUUGUUGCUAAUGAGGCACCUCUCUUUAGUGACGGUGCAUUUGUAACCAACGAUGAUUUACAAUAAUAUAAUGACUAGAAUUCCAGUAUUUGUAA